AUGAAGGCAACGACGGUCAGUCUCAAGGACCUUGAAAAACGCUCAGUGGCCUUCACGACCCUCGAAGAGGCAUUCGGCGAAGCCUCUCUGGGCAUCCUAGUCGUCAACGAAAUACCCGCCAGAUUCGUAGUCUUGCGGGAGAAGCUGCUAUCAUAUUCAUCAUACCUAGCGCAACUUCCGCCCGAAGAAUUGGACGCUCUCACCGAUGCAGCGUCUCAUUAUGAAAUAGGAUGGAGUCAUGGCAAAGAGGCUCUCAAGGACGGGCAGUACGAUACGAUGAAAGGUUCUUACUACGUAGACUGUCAGUCUUUUUUCGGUCCCGGGGCUUCAGCACCAGCACCAGUAACAGGCAAAUCAGCCACCAGAGGAGCGGGUACUAACCUGUGGCCGCCCGAAUCUGCCAUGCCUGGCUUUCGAGCAACCUUUGAAGAGCUCUGCACACUGGUGAUCGAGAUUGGAGUGCUGGUCGCCCGAGCUAUCGAUGUGUAUGCCGCGGGCAAGGAUAUCCCACAUUAUCAGCAUGGAUGUCUCGAGCACAUUGUCAAGACCAGCCGCACGCACAAAGCUCGUUUGCUUCACUAUUUCCCCUCGGAGUCAACAUCGUCGCCACCAUCCUCCGAGUCUUCAAACGCAUCUGAGUCGGAGUCGGACGACUCCUGGUGUGCCACACACCUUGAUGAUGGCUGCCUGACGGGACUGACUUCGGCACUGUAUUUGGACGAGUCGGGUUCUCUACCACCACUUACUGCAGACGGGGUUGAAAACCUGCCAAUCCUUCCCACAUCUCCUGACCCAAGGGCAGGACUUUACAUCCAUUCUCGUGGUAGCGAUGUGGUCAAGAUCGAUAUCCCUUCUGAUUGCAUUGCCUUUCAGACUGGCGAAGCCCUGCAGAUGAUCACUGGCGGCAGCUUCAAAGCUGUACCGCACUUUGUCCGUGGGUCCAAUGCGCCGAGCUCCAACGCGGUAGCCCGGAACACUCUGGCACUAUUCAUGCAGCCGAACAUUGAUGAUGUGAUUGACAAGGAAAUGGGAACGACGUAUGGCCAGUUUGUGGACAUGAUCAUACAGAGGCAUUCCUGA